AUGCUUCGAUUUAAGCUGUUGGCUCUCUGCGCGUUAGCGACUAGCCCCUUGGCUUCCGCUGUGUCUACUCAAAGUUAUUCGUGGAACAAUGUUAAGAUCGGAGGAGGAGGAGGGUUCAUCCCUGGAAUCGUUUUCAACCCUAACGAGAAGGGACUUGCGUAUGCUCGUGCAGACAUCGGUGGCGCAUACCGGUUGAAUUCUGAUGACUCUUGGACACCCCUUCUCGAUUUUGCGGACAAUUCUCGCUGGAAUUACUGGGGCGUUGAUGCUUUAGCCACAGACCCGAUUGAUACAAGCAACCUGUACUUGGCCACUGGAAUGUACACUAAUAGCUGGGACCCAAACAAUGGCCAAAUCCUCAUCUCAAAGGAUAAGGGAGAUACUUGGACUGUCUCAGAACUGCCCUUCAAGGUCGGUGGUAACAUGCCUGGUCGAGGAUUAGGCGAACGGUUAGCUAUAGACCCCAAUGACAACUCAAUACUCUUUUUCGGCGCACGAAGUGGUCACGGCUUAUGGAAAUCCACCAACUCUGCCGUCACUUGGACGCAGGUCACAUCUUUCCCCAGCAUUGGUUCAGAUAUUCCUGAUCCAACAGAUACCACUGGCUACAACUCCGAUAUCAUUGGUAUUGCCUGGGUUACCUUCGACUCUACCUCUGGUUCCACGGGAAAAGCUACGCCUCGUAUUUUUGCCGGAGUUGCAAACAUGGGUUCAAACAAUGUUUUCGUCUCAGAAGAUGGAGGCAGUACUUGGGCUGCUGUUGCUGGUCAGAACAACACCUAUAUUCCUCACAAAGGUGUUCUAUCCCCUGCUGAAAAUACUCUGUACGUCAGCUAUAGUAAUGGUGCUGGCCCUUAUGAUGGUACAUUGGGUAUUGUACAGAAAUAUAACGUUGCAACUCACUUGCCUCCAAUACACUUUACAUCAUGCUUAUACCUUCGUUCAGGGACUGAUAUCACACCUGUUUCUGGAUCUGACCUAUACUUUGGCUUCGGUGGUCUCUCUGUCGAUCUCCAAAAGCCUGGGACAUUGAUGGUGGCUGCCUUGAACUCGCCAGAUGGUCAGAUCUUCCGCUCUACGGACAGUGGUGCUACUUGGUCUCCGCUUUGGGAAUGGAUUUCAUACCCUACGCUCGCAAAGUACUACACUUACUCUGAUGCACUUGCGCCAUGGCUCGGACCUGAUUCUGUUGACCUGACUCUUGGCGAUCUGCAAAUCGGCUGGAUGAUGGAGUCUCUAUCUAUUGACCCCUUCGAUUCUGAUCAUUUCCUAUAUGGAACUGGUGCGACUAUCUAUGGCAGCCACGAUUUAACUCAGUGGGAUUCCGAACACUUGAUUACCCUCGAAUCAUUGGCAGAUGGGAUCGAAGAAACUUCCGUACAGAACAUUAUUGCACCCCCUGUCGGACCUCUUUUAUUGUCUGUAGUAGGCGAUAUUGAAGGCUUUGAGCAUACCUCCCUCACAACUCCUCCUGCUCAAGAGUUCCAAAAUCCAGAAUGGGCUACCGCAAUCGACAUUGACUACGCCGGUAAUACCCCAACCGACAUAGUACGAAUUGGGAACAACGCUGGUUCUACCCUUCAGCAGGUUGCUGUAUCUACAGAUUCCGGUAACUCUUGGAAUAUAGAUUAUGGCGCAGCCUUGAAUGUCACCGGUGGAAAGGUCGCCUAUUCCGCCAACGCUGACACCGUACUUUGGAGUAGCUCAACGAACGGUGUCUUGGUUUCUCAAUACACUGAUGCCUUUACUGCUGUCUCGUCCCUCCCCAGCGGGUCUAUUAUUGCAUCUGACAAACGCAACAAUGCAAUCUUCUUUGCUGCUUCUGGUGCAAAUUUCUAUAUGUCUACAGAUACCGGACACACCUUUGCCGUGAAAUCAACGCUCAGCUCUUCUACCUCUCCUGCCAAAAUCGUCAUGCAUCCCAAUGUCACUGGUGACGUUUGGGUUUCCACUGACAAGGGUCUUUUCCAUUCCACCAACAACGGUACUACUUUCACCACAAUCUCCGGUGUCACUGAAGCCUGGGCUAUUGCAUUGGGUGCGCCGGCGACGUCUGGAGGGUAUCCUUCUUUAUAUGCAGCCGCAAACAUUGGAGGCACGAUCGGAUACUUCAGGACCGAUGAUCAAGGUACAAACUGGGUACAGAUAAACGACGCCGCUCAUGGAUUCGGUAGUAUUUCCUCAAACCCUAUAACUGCCGAUUUACGGGUUUAUGGCCGCGUUUUCAUUGGUACCAAUGGGCGAGGUAUAUUCUACGGUGUACCAGCCGGUGCAGCUCCACCUCCUACAUCAACUGUGGCGUCGACUUCCACCACUUCAAUCUCAUCGACAAGCAAGACCACCACUACCCCUACAACCAUUUCUUCAACUACUUCGUCGCACUCGACUACGACGUCUACCACAUCCUCUUCUUCUCCUACCUCGACCUCGACAGCUAGUGCUUAUGGACAAUGUGGUGGCUCUGGAUGGACCGGUCCUACAGCGUGUGUGGCUGGAUACACUUGCGUCGCACAAAACACUUUCUAUUCGCAAUGCAUCCCAUCGUGA